AUGGCCGCCGCUACAGCCAGCGCCGACGAUCAGACGACGACCAUCACCCACCGCACCGUGGAGCUAAGCACCGGCGUGCGCCUGCACCUGGCGGAGGCCGGCCCAUCGUCCUCAGCCGCGCCCACGGUGCUGCUGCUGCACGGCUUCCCGGAGCUGUGGUACACCUGGCGCCACCAGAUGCGCGCGCUGGCCGCGGCCGGGUACCGCGCCGUGGCGCCGGACCUACGCGGGUACGGCGACUCCGACGCGCCCGCGGUGGCGGACCCCGGGCAGUACACGGCGCUGCACGUGGUGGGGGACCUGGUGGCGCUCAUCGACGACGUCCUCGGCGGCGAGAAGAAGCAGGUGUUCGUGGCCGCGCACGACUGGGGCGCGCUCAUCGCGUGGAGUCUCUGCCUGUUCCGGCCCGACAGGGUGCGCGCGCUCGUCGCGCUCAGCGUCGCCUACACGCCCCGCAGCGCCGCGCGGAAGCCCGUCGACGGGCUCAUGGCGCUCUUCGGCGACGACUACUACAUCUGCCGAAUCCAGGAGCCCGGAGAAACUGAAGCAGAAUUCGCACGCCUUGGCACUGAGCUAGUGCUCAAGAAGUUCUUUAGUUAUCGCUCCCCUGGACCGUUGUUAUUUCCAAAGAGUGGUUGGGGCUCACCAGACGAUGAAGUACCUUUGCCGAGCUGGGUAACGGAGGAGGACCUCAAAUACUACACCAGCAAGUUUGAGAAGACCGGCUUCACUGGAGGACUCAACUACUACCGUGCCCUGAAUAAGACAUGGGAGCUCACAUCACCAUGGACUUUAGCUAAGAUAAAUGUACCUGUCAAGUUCAUCAUUGGAGAUUUGGAUUUGACGUACCAUAAUCCUGGCAUACAAGAUUUCAUUCACAAGGGUGGCUUCAAAAAGUUUGCUCCACUUCUUGACGAUGAUAUUGUCGUCAUGAAAGAUGUUGGGCACUUUAUCAACGAAGAAAAACCAAAUGAAGUUAGUGAGCACAUAAUCAACUUCAUAAAGAAAUUCAGUUGA